UCUUUACUUCGCCGAGUCGCCAUUUUGCAUUUCAGCAGCAGCAUUGUGAAAAAAUAAUCGCAUGGGAUUGAUAAUUAUUAUUUCUAUUGUGAAAGCUUUCAACAUUCGAUUUAUAACAUUUUUGGAGAGAAUCUGAGUUACUUUACACCGUUUUAAGAGUGCAAACAAAUUAUAAUUUGGAUACUAUAUUCUUGCGCGCAAUGGUGAGGGAGUAAUUAAGCGAUGUGCAUUUCCUGUCUGAUAACGAAGAGUUCGGCUUAAUUCAGGAAAAUGUAGAGGAUAUAUAUUAAAAUGGACAUUUUAACAUGACGGAGGUGUCGGUCCAAAAUGAUGAAUUUCUUGUGCGUGUCCAGGCACAAGUCAUGACGCGAGAUGACUCCAGUGGGGGCUGGGUACCAAUGGGAGGAGGAGGGCUCUCAAACGUAGGGCUCAGAAAAAUCACCCGCAAGACAGGGGAGGAGCUACUGCACAGUGAAUAUCUCAUCUACGGCACCAGGAUAGCCGACAAUUCAGUUGUUCUAGACUGCCUUCUAAAGCGAGAUAUUCGCUAUGUGAAAGCCAACCCCAAGUUUCAUCACUGGCAGACAGACGAUAAAAGGUUUGGUCUGACUUUUGAGCGUUAUGAUGAUGCAAAGGCGUUCGACAAGGGAAUCCGGAGUGCCGUGGCUGAUCUUGUGGACGGUGGAUCAAAUGGCAAUGCACUGAAUGCAGAUGGAGAUGAUGAAGUUUUUGCUAUCUUAGAUCUUCCAAUCUCUCGAUCUUCAUCCCAGUCUGCCAGUACGACGUCCACGACAACCAGCAGCCCCACUCCCCAGUCGCCGACGUCCAAUGUCUCGGGCCUGGACCCGUAUUAUGCUCCCAACCAUCACCAUGUUCACCGAGUUCUUUACGUUUCCUCACCUCAUAAAGCCAACAAAAAGCCUGUCACUCCCCAGAGCGACAGUUCCAGUAAAUCAGACAGUUACCACCAGGAUGUCUGGGUCCACAGUGAGGACCCAAACUCCUUCAGUUCGAAAUCGGAUCAGGGACUUUUAGAUAGUCAUUCAGAACAUGAAAUGAAGGAGUAUUCUUAUGUCAUAAUUGCAAAAACUCAAAAAACCCAUGAAUAUAGUUACCCCACUCUAGAAUCUGUUCACAAACCCCCCUCUAAAAGGGAAACGACCAGCAACAUCAAGCAUCAACCUUCCAUUCAGGAACAUCCACCUCUCCCUAAGAAAAAGGACAAAAAAAGAACUAAUCACCCUUUAUUAGGAUCUUCUAAGUUUCGCUGCAAACACUGCCAUGACAACUUUACUCAAGAGGAAAAUGGCCGUGGUAGUUGCGAAGAGGCCCCAGACGGGGUAGAAAAGUGUAUAGAAUGUGUCACCUGUGUGUGGUGUGCAAAGGGACUAAUUUAUCACUGUAUGAGUGAUCCUGAUGGGGACUAUGGGCACCCAUGUUACUGUGAUCCCAGUGAUGCUAAUAAUUGUAAAAAGUGGACUGCUUUAACAAUUUUGUCAUUUUUUGUUCCGUGUCUAUGGUGCUACUGGCCGUUAACGGCCUGUCAUAAGUGUGGGGUGAAGUGUGGAUGUUGUGGGGGGCGGCACAAGGCAGUAUAGUACAGAAUCAACCACAUCAUCAACAUCGUCAUCUUCUGCUCCGCAGAAGUCCGGCGUUGGGUACAAAUUAAAGAAAAAAACUCAACCACUUUAAAAGGAGGACAAUGAGGCAUAUCUACUUUUACUUGAGUACUAAUGCCCCUUCUGCAAGCUCCUGAUGGUAGUCUGUAAAUUCCUCAGAAAAAACAAGAAAAUCACAGCAUCUCUUUCACAAACUGAGAAGCGAAGGACUCGUGCUUGUACAAGAUAAGCAUCUGCCUACAUUCUGUUGGGCUUCAAGGGAAUGCAGCCUCCUCCAUAAGAAGUUGAUGAUGCUUACUCCCACAUAGGCUCAUCGCAUGAACAGAGCUCUCUGUUGAAUAUUGAACCAACAGCAUGGCAUCACUUUACUGAUAUUGUUCUUCAGUAAAUAAAAAUGCCUGAUUUUCCAGAGAGCUUUUUUCCCUUAUGCCUUAUGUCUACUUACAUUUUGAUGCCUAUUUUUUUUAUGUUUUCAAACAAUUCUCAUGUUAUUAUAUCAACUUGUUUUUAUGUUCAUGUAAGGUACACCACAUGUACCAUUGUAUUUUAACUGCCACUGCUACUUCUAGUCAUUGUUUUACAUCUCUUUUUUAAUUCAUUAUUGCAAGACUCAUUUUUUGAUAUGUGAAAUGGAAAAAGAGAGUGAAUUUAUUGUAAAAAUUGGGAGGGGGUUAAAAUUACAUCCAUAUCAACAGUAUUAAAUUCUGUAAAUAAAUGGUUUAAUACAUUUAAGUUUAAAAAUAGCUUAAUAAAAUUAUACAAACUGAUUUUCUAAGGAAUUAAUGUAUGUACAUUUAAUAGGUUGAAUGCAUUUGUGAUACAUUUUGAGUUCAUCGAUAGGAAAAUAAUUGUGCAACAAAUCUAUAAAUUGAGUGGAUUUUACAUGUAGUACCGGUAAACAUCUAGGGGGUAGUUUUAUGCUCUGAAAUAAGUUUUAAAUUUCUCUUGAUUUUUAAAUUGGAAAAAAAAUGAUUUUGAUGAUUUUACAGAUAGGUAAAUUUUUGAAAUACAGAUUCUAGCAAAAAAUUGUGUCCCGAGUUUGAUGAAGGUUGUAAAUGUUUAGUAUUAUUGCUCUGAGCAAACAUUUUUGUGAUGUUUUGUGUGAAUUAAUUGUUAUUGAACCGUAGGUCUCUGAUUUUAUUUUCUUAAAUAUCUGUACAUAGAAUUCAGAUCAGCACUAUUAAUUUAAGAAUCAUUAUCAGUGUUCAGUCUAGAAAAGCACCAUAUAGGUUUUAGUGCAACAACCAGACACUUCAACCCAUUCACAUAUUUUGGCUUUGACCGAUUGGUCCAAACAUUUCGAUUUUUCAUCCCAGAUUUCUAUGAAGCUGGUUUUUACUUUGCUUCACAUGCGAUACUUACUUCUAAAUAUCCUACAUUGUAUGGACUUUCCCUAGUACCUCAAAUCAACCAGAAAAUUACAAAAUAGAAAAGGAUAAGCAUCAGUGUUUUAAUUAAAAUCCAUUCAAAUAAAAUUGUAACAAUGCUGGUGAAUAUGGAUUCCUAUUUUUUGUUUUGUUUUUAAAAAAAGAUACUUGUUUAGAAAUAGAUUAAGAGAAAGGAUAAUCUUAAGCUUUUUAGAGUGCAAAUUUGUCAAAAAGUGUGGGUUGAGAGAGCCCUUAAUUCAUUAAACAAAACUGUCCAACAUUAUAUAGUGAUCUAAUAGCCAUGAUAUGUAUGGCCAUUAAAACUGAAUACUUGUUGACCAUACAAUUCCAGGACUAUGUUUCAUUAAGUUUCUUGAAGUAAAAUUCGAAAAAAAAAAAAAAAAAAAAAAAACCCUGAUGACCAUAUUAUUGUCCAGGGGUAUACAUUUCAAUUAGGUUUGUUUUUUAGCGAAAUUGGAAAGAAUCACAUGGGCACAAAUUGCACUAAAGGCUCAUUGGUGCAUUUUAGAUUGGACACUGCAGUAUGAUAAAUUUUGUGUGCCUGUAGAACGUGAUGCUUACCGGAAUUCAAACUUGGGGAGGAAUAUGUGACAACAAAAUGUAUUGAUUUUCAACCUCCUAAAUUUUUUGUAGGCAACUUCCAAAGUUUCUUGAAAACCAAGUUGUUUUUCUUUGAAAGCAUUUCAGAACCAUUACCAAAAUGAAUACUUUUAUACAAUGUAGGAAAGAUAACUGCGCUUUGGAUAUAUGGAGAUGGAUCCAUUAUUUUGAGGUGUGGAAUGUGUGCUUCUGAGUGUAGAAUGUCUUUAUGCUCGCCUUGAUGUGCAUGAGUGAUUACAUAGAAUGAGGAAGUUAAAAAGUGUAUCUACAGUGUAUGUUUUUUUUUUCUUUUUUUAAGAAUCGGAAUAAAAAUUGUUACAAGUAUUACUGUACAUUUAAUUGUUGAUGAUUAUAUAUAUUAGUUUUGUUGUAUAUUUUUUUCUUGUACCACACAAUCAUAUUUUUUGAGACUAAGGAAAAAGUCAGUUUGAGUUUAUGUUUGGAUUGAGAUGUGUAACUAGAAGGUUGUAUAGAAACCCAUGACAUAUUUUUGUUGUUCCAACACAACAGGAUUAAACACUGCACAUAUCAACUGAUUUGGAUGGCUAUUAGACACUCCUUUUUUCUCAAAUAAAAGCUAAGAAAAAACAAACAAUGUAACAUGUAUUAAAUAUCAAUAUUAUUUAUUUUAGAAACAAACUUGAAAUACAACUUUCGUUUAAUAGCGGUUGAACUAUAUUUGAUCUAAGAAAAUUAUUAGCAUUGGCCCUCUUUUAAAAAUUUUUGUCUUUAUUUCACAGUAAUUCAAACAGCAUUGCAAUUAAUGUUGUCCAUGAUUCUAAUUAAAUAUAUAUACAUAUAUUUUCAGUCUGAAUUUUUUUUUAUUGUAGGCUCUUUUAUGUGUUAUUUUGAACACAGGUUUGUCAUCCAAUGCUACAGAAUCAGCUGUUGUGAUUUUAUAUUGAAAAACGUGCAAUUUUUCUGUUUGUGUUUACAUUGAUCGUUUAUUCUUGUGUAAUUUUUUUCCCCGUUUUUGUUUGUUUUAUUAUUUUAAAGGAGGGGGGUGUUCAUUUCCAUGCAUCAUCAGAAAACCAUUGUUAUGUUAUACAAGAUGCUCUGUUGUAGUAUGUGGGUGAGAUGUGCAUUGUUUCAGAGAUUUUCUCUUACAAUGUUUUAUCAUUCAGAUUAUUAUUAUGUAAAUAAUCUGAUAAAAAGAAUUAUUGUUAGUGCAUAAAUGGCAAUUUAUGAUAAUCAUGUUACAAACUUAACCAUUGUAAUAAAAUAAAAUUUUCAUAUCCCACUUCUCUCCUCACUAUCAAAGUAUUAAUUUUUUUUCAAAAAUGUAGCAAUUAUAUCUGUUUUUGAGAUUAUAAAUUUCAAAUGUACAUUUUAUGUGUAUUUACGAGUUAUUUCUUUGACAACUUGUUCUGAAUCUAGCAUAACCCUCUAUAAAAUCUGAAUAAUUUUCACCAUAAUGAACAGAAAAAAAAAGACAGCAAACAUGCAAUGAGUUGUCUGCGACAUUGUGAUCUGUCAGUGCUUUUUGUUUAGUGAUAGCUUUUAAUGGAGAAUGACUCUUAAGACCCAGUACUUGUGGCCUGUAUCGACAAUGUCCGAACACAAAAUGUCUGCUUGUUCAAGUGUUUCUCCUUCUGUUUCUGUUUGUCCAUUGGUUCUAUGUAAUUCUAACUUCAGUUUUCUGAUUUGGUUGGUAUGAGACAAGGAGGAACACUUUGUACAAGACUCUUUGUUCUGUUUAUUCAUCAACAGGCAGCUGUCAAUAUAAUGGAGGAAUGUGGAAUAUUACACCCAUUUUUUGUACUUUGUGAAUUUUUGUAUCUGUCUGUCUUUACUGGGCAGAUUUUUCUGUGUUGUCUACCUGAAGAAAGCUUGCAAAUGAGAACUUGUUCUGUAACUUAUAUUGCACUUGUCAAGUUUUGCAUAUGUGUAACAGAUUUCAGUUUGAAAAUAUAGUAAAAUACAUUCUGUAUUUUAUUAAUUGAAAUAAAUAAAACAUGCAUUUACAAAACAA